ACCUACUCACCCUAUUGACAUCGCAUGUCCCUCUCAGUCCCACACAACUUUCUCCUCUAUCCCCCUUCUUUUUCCUUCAUAAUUUUCCCUCACUCCUCUGAAUCUGUCAACAAAUUUCAAAAAUCACUUGCAAGACCCUAAUCCCAGCCAGCAGAUUCAAAACCCAUGAUUUGGAUCCUGUAUAAAAGUUUCUGCAGACUAUCCCAAUUCUCUUCUAUCCGACCGCCGGUUUUGAUUUAAAAAUAAAUCUCGACUAUCUCUCUCUAUAUAUAUCUGCGACGCAGCGACUGAAGGUAUACUCGACACCAAUUGUUCUCCGGUGCCGCCAUGGAAGAAAAGCUACCGCGUGCCAACAAGAAGCGUUCCCUCCCUGAAGACGAUGACUCCGAAAAACCUCCUGCGCAAAAGAGAGUGAGGUUUCCAAAGGGGAAGAAGGUGAAGCCAGGAGUGGAGGUAGUGGAUUUACGUGCUGAAGAUGGUCCCAGUAGUAAGUUGAAGGAUCCUCGUCUUGCAGCCAAAGACCGUGCUACGCGGCGGAGUAAAAUGACUACUGAACUCUUCAGUGAAGAAAAUAGAGGGAUGCUUCCUGAGAUUUCGGCUGCCGAGGUGCAAUAUGAGGUUCGUUUCAAUAAAAUAUUUUUUAAGUUACAAAUAUGCAAUAAAAUUUAUGUGAACCAUCUCUGAAUAACAUUUGUCAGC